CGUGUCCUUCCAGCGCGUUGGGAAACGCCUUGACUGCGCUUUUCACCAGGCGGGGUCGAGCCGCCGGGUCCAGAGUCCAAAGGACGGGAAUAGAGCAAGUGAUAAAACGCCGUGUGAGCGGACUGUGCUGCGUGUUUCUGUGCGUGGGGACGUGAGUGAUGGCGAACCGCUGCGCGUGGAGGCUCUGUGCGCUGCUGGCGCUGCUGCAGCCGCUGGGAGUUCUGUCGCAGGAGCUUGAUCUGGCGGAUGCCUUGGAUUCGAGUGAUCCUAAACCAGCAACCCCGGCACCAAAGCCAGCAGAACCAGCAGGAGGAGCAGGAGUAGACCUGAAUCUGGAGGACUUCUUUAAAAGCACCACCACCACCACUAAGGCUCCCCCCAAGGUUUUGCCUAAAGCCCCUGUCGGCACCAAGGCCCCAGUCAAGCCCAAAGUCAAGCCAGCUGGGGGUGAUCUCGACCUGGCGGAUGCUUUGGACUCCAGCAACGACUUCAGUGGCAAAGAUAAGGGCAAAGGACAUGGAGGUGGGUUUUCUGACACCGAUUUGAUCGACGUCAGUAAAGACGAGACCUACAAACCUGAUAAAGGCAAAGGCAAAGGUGAAGCAGGUGGUCACAGCAUCGACCAGAGCGAUAACAACACAGAGACCACAGCAGAGGUGGGCACCAUUGCAGGGAUUGCCAGCGCUGUUGCCAUGGCGCUGCUGGGUGCAGUCACCAGUUACAUCUCCUACCAGAAGAAGAGGCUGUGCUUCAGUAUACAGCAGAGCCUGAACACUGACAUGGUGAAGGCUGAGAACCCUGAAGCUGUGGUGGCUACAGAACCACAAGUUCAACAGACUCUUCUGCAGUCACCCAGUGCUGAGCCCCCCACUGAGGAGAAUGCUGUGUAACACACCCACACCAUGCUCUCACACACACACACACACACACACACGCACGCACGCACGCACGCACGCACGCACGCACGCACACACACACACACACACACACACACA